UUCGAGACCGAUGCAUUCAGUAGUGCCAUUUCCCAUUUCGGAAUUGCACGUUUCAAAAUUAUCCAAUCGAUUUGGUUCGUAGUGUGGUGUGGAUUAUUAUCCCUAAUGUGGACCGGAUUCCUUACGGGUCACCAAGUUUGAAUUAAACGACGGGCGUCCUUGCUUCGUGUCGUGAUUGCUACCGGCGACAUCAUUGCGAUUGUUUGUGUUAGUGGUGGAUUCACGUGCCAUUCGUCCGUCGUGUGUGGUUCUUCAAAGCUGUGCACAAGUGGAAGAUACAAGUUGAUGACGUCCGAGCAUUGACGUUGGUGUUUUGUUGUGGUCGUACGUGUAUGUCAUUUAGUGACGGGGUACAACGGUUUGACGCAAUCCUAGACGCCACUCCACAGUUCGGCGGAAGCCAACCUUGUUCAAGUCUUAUCGACGAAAGCAUCUUUGGUUGAUUUGGUUAGAUCUUGGCAGCACCUUUCAUCACAUCUUCUAAAUCAACAGACCAGAAAUUCCGGUUAUUUGGUUCUGUGCUGCUCCGUAAGACCCCCUUUGAUAGAUCGCUCUUCAAUAUCAGCCGUAGAUUACGGCGAACGACGACAACGACGGCUACGUCGACUUGAAUGAGAAACUUGUGAAUUCACUUCCUUCUGGUACAUCAAUUAUCCCGAGCAAACAUGUGGUGGAGAUUCAUUGUUGACGUUACCAAUGAGUACAAAAUUCUCCGAGGAAUGCUCUCUUAUUCGGCCCUCUGGCCGCUGGGAAGCCUUCUGCAGCAAACGAUCGAGGGUAAGCGCUGGAACACCUACGACUGGCAGCGAUGUUUGAGAUACAGUUUAUAUGGAACGUUCGUGUCGGCUCCCAUGCUGUACUCCUGGAUGCGCAUUGCCAACAUCAUGUGGCCUCGGACGGACUUCCGGUCGUCGCUUGCCAAAGCCUUCACCGAACAGGUGGCCUACGAUCCGUUUGCCAUCGUGUUCUUCUUCUACGGAAUGAGCAUCCUGGAGCGCAAGAAGCAGAACCAGGCCGCCGAAGAGGUCAUCAACAAAUUCUGGGACACCUACAAGGUGGGUUUCUUCUACUGGCCGAUGGUGCAGACGGUAAACUUUUCAAUUGUUCGGCCGAAGAAUCAAAUCGUCUUUGCCGGGUUCUUCAGCUUGAUUUGGACCACCUUCCUGGCGUAUGUGAAAACUCACGGUAGUCCACAGCCGGAAUCCAGCCGAAUGCUGGUUGCCUCCAACAACUAGAACCCGAAACGGUAGUACUGCAAUAGUUUUAUAUUUCGAAUCGCCGUCGAAUUAGAAUGUCAAAUUUAUUUAUUUUAAUCUAGAAUG